UGCGGACCUUAUCUGCUGGACGGUUAGACGGCAGAGGGCACCACGUCAAAAAGAAAAAGAUCAGGUAUGAAUUAGCAGCCAUAAAAACUGAACAAUGAGAACCAGGCACCAGAGAAGAAAACCAAGUGCCAAACUGAGAGAUGGGGCAGAGGACAAAAAGAAGGUAGUCCAUAAACGGCCAAAUGCUUAUGGUAAAGAUGCCUUUGAGUUUAAUGUGGAUAGCAUUAACUUCAAAGCAGCCAACAAAAGAGCAAGUUCAGGGGCUAGUUCUAUUCAGGCAAAAAAGAAGAAACCUUCCUCUGGCCAGGGUAAAACAAAACCUCAAUCAUCACAGACUGUGACCAAGGUUGGGUCUGGAAAAUCAAAAGAUGUGGCAUCUAAAACAAAUCAACAGAAAUUCUUCUAUGUUCAGUGUCCAGCAAAGCCAUCAGUGUCCAGGGUUCAGGGCACGGCAACCAGUAACACCUCUGUGAAGAUUGUUAGUCAUGAGGGGACAAUAAAGACUACAUGUGUACAAACAGUUGCUUCAGCAUCUGCAGGUACUCACAGUAACACAUUUGUCAGUAGCCAGAGGUUACGAAAACAGAAAACAAUAUCAGGGUGCCCAUGUUGUACAGCCAAAACAAGUUUAACACACAGUCAACUGCCUUCAAAAAAUGACUUAGUUUAUCACAAAGAAACAAAGGUAAAAACUUCAGUUUCUGCAUCACAGCAACUACUUAAAAAAUCUAGUGCUACAUCUACUCACACUAGUCCAUUUUCAAGAAUGAGCCUACUUCCACAGAAGAGACCAAAUUCGGGAUCUAAAGGAAGUGACUACAGCUGCUUGGACUUCAGACCAUCUUCAAAGAAGGCUAAAUUGGAAUCUGAAUCUGACUCUGACUGUAUAAUCAUAAAAGUAAAAGGCCCAGUUUCUACAGAUAGGGAAGUACAACAGACGAUGAAGAAAAAGAAAAUCUGCAAGCCUCCUGUUGUAAACAUUGAUAAUGAACUUAACAGGGAGGUAUCCCACCCCUCGGAGAUUAUAACUCAGGAACAAUUCCUCAGUAUUUACGGGUUGGUCAGCAAGUCAGUUCUUGAAACAAACAGAAGUGCUACUCCAGAAAACCCAUGCAAGCUACACAGAUCUCCAGGUGGCAAACUGCGACGACUGAAGACUCACAAAUUCAUUUCCAAAUUCACAUCCCGCAAGCUGCACCUUGACCCAGCUAAAGUGGUCAGUCCGUUGGCUGUGCUGAACAAGAGCAGGGGGCACCUAGGCCACAUGUCCAAAGAUAUCCUGCGUCUGUAUGAUGCUCACUGUGGAAAUAAAAUGCCUCUAGUCAAACUCAACAAAGUUCUGCCAGGUUUGACUGAUAGCCAAAUUCAGCCUAGUUCAUCUUCAUCUUUGAAACUGUUCACUUCCUCAAAGCAAGAUAUCAUAGCACGUUGUGAUAACAAACAUGCUAUCUCUACAGACAAAGUUAGAGCUGGUGUUUCUGGAACCUGUGUUUAUCCACAAUACUCCAUUUCUGACACUCAUGAAGCUAGGGAGAGAAAAACUCCCCCAUUAGAAUGUGAUGAAACGCUCAGUGAUACAGACUCCCCUGGCGAAAAAACUGGUAUUAAACAAGCAGGCUACUCCUUGUUUAGAAUCUCAGACAAUGUGGUGACUUGUAUACAAGGGGAAGUGCAUGCAGAGAGUGAGGAAACCCAAGAGUUGAGGAGUCCAGAGAGGGUAGAUGAGCUGUCUUUAACUUGCAAUGAGGAGAUGAUGAAAGAGAGUGACGAGUCCUAUGGUCAAGAUGAUACCAAUAGCCAGGAAACAUCUGACACAUCCUGUAUUAAUGAAGCCAGCAUCCUUAAUGAACUUCAGCCACUGAAAGACAUAAAUCCUGUUGAGGAAGGUGCAGCAUCAGAUAAAGCAGAGCAAAGUCACCUAGUAGAUUUUGAGAACUUGUUACAUGCUCUGGCUCCAGAGAACAGUUUGAUAAGGCAGUUUUCUGAUCUCAGGAAGGAUGACAAGCAAGCGUGCAAUGUUGAUGACUAUAAAAAGAUAUCAGAAGAUGUCAGUGAUAUCAAUACAAAAAUGAAUGUUGUUUUUUAUAUGGGCAAAUGUGAUACAGACUGUGAAGCAAAAUCUCCCGAAACAACUGCUCCUGAAAGUUUUAAACAAAAUUUUGAUGGUUCACAUUCAUCUACUCAUUCAGAUUUUGAUGAAAACCAAGUCAAACGAGAGGCAAACAGUCAAAAUGUGACUGACAAAUGUAGCUUGAAUGUGAAAGUAGAAGAGCCAUGUCUGCUUUCAAAGAAGGAUGACGGGUCCUUACCACUAGAAAGAAACCAGCUUCUUUUAAUGAAAGAUGGUGCUAGACCUACCACAAGUGAUCAGUCCAAAGAUCUGAUAGCUGCCGAAGAUGCUCCUCUGGUAGAAUUGGGUUCCUGUAAUGAUAACGCCAUAAGCAAGAAAGUUGGUGCAAUUAAUGGUGAUGGUGUAAGUAGUGACACAGGCAGCAUCUCACAAGUGAUCUUUCCAAGUGACUCUGAAAUAUCUAAGGAUGAAACUGCCAUAAUGACCAGUCCAAACUGUGAAGAUACAGCAGAGUUUGAAUGCCAAAAAAUUAAAACACAUUGUGCUGUCCAAGAUACAAUGUGUCAUUUUGAUGGAUUUAAAACCUUGGAAAAUUCUGUCCAUGAUCCAAAAGCUACUUCAGAAAAUUCUGACGAAGAAAAUUUAGCUUCUUUACCUCAACCAAGUGGAUUGAGUAUUGAAGAAGCAGUUUUGGAACCUGAGGAGAUAACAGGCUCAAAGUGCUAUGUUGAAAGCUCACUUGUCAAAGUGGCAAGAUCAGAAGAUGGUGAUUAUUCAUCCAUCAUAGACACAGCUGAAAAACUUAAGCAGGAGAUAUCAGAGAAUGCAGUUAUGGCCCUAAAGGAAGCCCUUAUAGAGAGCAUUGUAGAACAAGGUCUCUCUGAGGAUUUGAUUCCAAUAGUUGACUCUGAAGAAGUGGUUGUUGGAGCAUCUGGUUUUUCCACACAGAACUCUGAAGAUCAGGGGACAACAGCCAGUGAAUGUAUAGACAUGGAAUCAGCAAGUUUUGAUGAGAAAAAACAUAAUAUUGUUGAAGAAGAUACCUCUGUGGGUGACCCUAUUAAGCAGGUAGAUAACAAAGAGUCCAGUCCAUCCGGAAGUAUGCCUCUGCUGACCACUUUACUCACAAGUACGAUGGAGACAGACUCCAAACUCACUACCAUCACAGACACCUUGGUAGAAAAGCUGUGUGCCAUGACAGAUGAGACUACAAUGGACUAUGCUACACUGAAAAAUUUGUAUAACAUUCUUCCCAACGAGACCCUUGACCUUGACCUGCCAGUGGAAUAUGAGAAUGAAAUUUCCACAAGGUCAAGGCCAGUGACACCUGAACAUGACAUGGUGCCAACUUACUUCCCUCCUGCAGGAGAAAGGCGUGAAAGGGAGACCUCACCAAUAAUUGAAGAAGGGCUUCCAGCUCCAGAGGUUUAUGGAGAACGGGUUGAAGUAGAGCCAGGGUCCAGUACGGCUGACCAGCAUUGUCCAAGCAGUACAACUUCAGCCAUUGCUAGCAAGUCCCCUGCUAUGAUGAAAAUGAUGAAAGUUAUUUUUCGCCCCAUGAGAAACCCAUGGAUUUGUGGACAAACCAGUCUUGAUGUCAAUGAUGUUAACAUGCCACGUGCAUGUCGCAUACCUCACAUAUGUGAUGUGUGUUGGGUGAAUGAUCAUGCUUAUUGUCGCAACAUGAAACGUGGAAGUGCAGCUCUUGGAAGCUGCCUGCAUAAUUUCAAACCAUGUGAGCAUUUUACCUAUGAUACUCUUAAAAAGACCAUGGACGUCAUUGAAAUCAAAGGUUUGGCUCCUAGACAGUUGCCCAACAUAUUGAGGAGAAAGAAAAAAGACAAAUGAGCAUCUUAUAAAUUUGUUAAAUCUUCAUUAAUUCAACAAUAUCUACUAUAGAUUUGCAUGAGAAUACAUGCAUAGAAAAGAUAUUCUUCUAAAGAUAUAAAGUUAAACCAUGUUUGAGAAAGUACAUUUAAGAGUGAUAAGAUGUAUGAGACAUUAUUGUUGUUAUACAGGUGUUAAAAUACAUAAUGGAAGACAUACUAUCAAGAGUGCAAUUUUAGGUAUUACCACAGACUGUAAGUUAUGUAGUUGCACUAUUUAUGUUGUGCAUGCUUAUGUGCGAUUAAAGGUUUCCUAAUUUUUUUUGUUUAUUCAACAGUUUUGUUUAGCAUGGAAUGCAUUUGAGUAUAUAAAUAUAAUUUACGAACAUAUAAAUAUAAACAUAUAAUUAUAAAUAUAAUAUUAUUUACGAACAAUUAAAGUUGCUUACAAGCAUUUGUUUAGAUAGAUAGAUAUUCUUUUGUUAGCUUUCCUUGCAAGCUUCAUUCAGUUAAUAAUUCAGAAAAAGUCUAUUAUUCAGAUAAUGGUAUGUUUAAUGAGUCAUUUAGUGUUUAUUUCAUCAGGGAUGUUACAGAAAUAAAUUAAAGAAUUUCAUCUUUUUAUUUGACAAGCUCUUUCAUAUUUUGAAUGUUACAGGUGUGCAUAGACUAUAAGGUACUUUUUAUGUCAUGUGUCUUGUGAUUGGUAAUCAUUAUAAUAUUUAUUGUCACUGUACAGAAUUAUUUAAUGUUGAAAAUGUUUUUCUUCAAUGGCAUACAUUCAUCAGAAAGCAGCAUGCUAACCACAAAUGAUAUGUUAAUUGGUUAUAUUUUUCCACAUGGACACCAUUGUCUUUUACAGCGCUUGACCACAGAUUGUUUACAAUAUAUAUAAUCAGAAAAAGAAGUAUCUGUAGGAUUGUUAACCUUUUAAAGCUUAUGUUAUGCCCUAUUUGAUUUUGACUUAUGUAAGUGGUGUAUGGAUCAGUUAUAUCUAUAUCUUCAAUUCUGUAAGUUCUGUUUCAGUCGUGUCAUUAAAGUAAGGUAUCUACAUUCAGAGUAAAAAAUAUAUUGUGAUUAUGAA